GCCUCCCGGACCCCCGCCGGGCGCCGGCUUUAAAUGCGGGGCGUCGGGGCGGCAGCGGUGCUCCCCGCCACCCCCCGGUAGCGCUGUUGGCACCCCCUUAGCCGGCCGCCAUGGUCGAGGCUUUCUGCGGCACCUGGAAGCUGGUGGACAGCCACAACUUCGACGAGUACAUGAAGGCGCUCGGAGUGGGUUUUGCAACACGACAGGUGGGAAAUGUGACUAAACCCACUGUGAUUAUCAGCAGUGAGGGGGACAAAGUAGUGAUCAAGACUCAAAGCACUUUCAAAAACACAGAAAUCUGCUUUAAGCUUGGAGAGGAAUUUGAUGAAACUACCCCUGAUGACAGAAACUGCAAAUCAGUUGUAACACUGGAUGGAGACAAGCUAGUGCACGUACAAAAGUGGGAUGGCAAAGAGACAAACUUUGUGAGAGAAAUAAAGGAUGGCAAAAUGGUAAUGACUCUCACCUUUGGUGAUGUGGUUGCUGUUCGCCACUAUGAGAAAGCAUAGAGUUUACCUGACCUCUGUCCAGAUGUUACUUCUGAUGGGUGGUACUGUCCAUAACUGAACGUAGCUAAAAUGCACAUUUCUGGCAUGAAACGUUAAUAAAGAGUUUGGGGGUGGGGGGCGGGGUGUUUUGUUUGGUUUUGUUUUUUUAAAAAACUAUGCCAGCAAAUUGGCAAGCUUGUGCUGUAUAGUGAAACAGGUUAAACUUGGCAUUAAAUUUCUGAAAUACUUGCCUCUCUUUUUUACAGUAAAUGGAACAUAUUUGAAUUGUUUUGGAAUGCAGAUGAAACAAAUUAAAUUUUUUUUAAGCCUGUG